AAUUACAAUUUACUCAUUUAGUCUUAAGACUGUUACAUGAUUUACACUCAUAUUACACUCGUUCAUAUAAAUAUAAGUAUCCUUUCUUUUGAAAUCUAAAAAUGUUUUCGAAAUCAUUAGUCAAUUUGUGCAGACAAGGAUUAAAAUCUACAAUAACUAUACAAAAUAUAUUAUGUAAACGUAAUAUAUAUGAUGGUGCCGCAAUUGGAUUGGAUAAGUAUGAAUUCUUUCGAGAAAAAGUAGAUAAUCAGUUUUCUGAUGCAGAUAAACAAUUAUUUCGAGAGCGUAUGAGUUCAUUUGCUGAUCCGCAGUCAACUAGUUUAAUUUUUACUGAAGAUUUAAAGCAAAUUGUACACAUGAUAAGAGAUGACGAAAAAGAUCUAUUAUUGCUUGAACAAAUGAUAAAGAAAUAUAAUAAACAAAACCAAGGAUUACGAUUUGGAAAUUUUACUUUUGGACCUGUUGUCAUGCGAAUGUAUUACUUUCUCAAUAAAGCUGAUACAGCCUUAAAAAUGUUCAAUGACCCAGAAAUGGAUGGAUUCUUCAAUAAUUUAAGUUCUUAUCAAAUUCUUAUGGAUUUAUUAUUUAAAAAUGAAAAAUUUGAUCAAAUACUAGAUGUAUAUAAAACAAUACAAGAAAAACAAUUACAAAUUGCUAAAUUUCCCAAAGGAGUUAUGAUGUUAGUCUUUGGGGCAUGCUAUAAAUUGAAUACAACUGAAUCUUUUGAAUAUGCUUGUAAAUUGUGGAAUGAUCAACAAGAAGCUGGCCACAGUCCUAUUAGAAAAACAAUUACUUUCUUUGCUGCUAAUGCAAUUAAUCAAAAUAGUCCUCACAUUGCUCUAGAAGUAAUAACAUCAGUACGCAAUCAAACAUAUGUUACACUUCGUAACUUAAAAGUUGUAGCAUUAUGUGAUCUGGGACGAAUCGAAGAUGCCUUACCUCUUCUUAGAAGUGUUUUGUCAGUAGAUCAACCAUUGUCAGGUGGACCAAUAACAAAACAAACUUAUUGCAGAGAUGUUAUUAAUAUAGUCAAGUCUGCUGCUGAAAAAUUGAAUAAUAAAGAAAUUUCAGUAGAAUUGGAAAGAAUUAUAAAUCAACUUGAAGAAUUAGGCAUGAUUUCUGAAACAACUCUUGAUUCUGUUUUAUGUUCAGAAGUUAAAAUGGUUCAAAAACCAGACCAGUACAACAGAGAUUCUACAGUAUCAGCAAGUUAUCAAUCUGGCAGACCAUAUAAGAAACGAGAAUUUAGACGUCCAGGCAUUAAUGAUUUAUUGUAAUACAUUUAUAUAAAAUGUUAACUUUUCAUGUAGAAUCAAAUGUAUUGUUUAUAUAAUAA